AUGGAUCUAUACGAAUCUCUGAGCAAUACCUCCUCGCUCAACCCGAUACGAUGCAUCGACAUGCACACGACGGGUGAAGCCACUCGCAUCAUUCUAAGCGGCUUCCCACAGCUCCAGGGGACACUGUUAGAGCAAAAGAGGGAGUAUGCUGAGAAACAUGAUCAGUACCGAAGACUGACCAUGCUGGAACCCCGGGGUCAUGAUGGAAUGUAUGGCGCCUUGAUCGUGCGCAACUCUGAACUCAUCUCGUCCGGCGAAGCGCACAUUGCCGUGCUCUACCUCCACAACGAAGGCUACUCGACCAUGUGCGGCCAUGCUGCCAUUGCUCUGGGUCGUUUCCUCGUCGACACCCAUGACCUCAAUGUGUUCCCUCUAAGAAACACACUGGAAUUCGACCCCAAGACACACACAACCACUGUGAACCUGCACACGCCUUGCGGCAUCAAUCGUCUCAGGGUUCCCACAACGCCCGACGGCACCAAGUCGGAUCCCUCGAGACCCGUGUCGAUCCUGUCUGUGCCAUCUUUUGCGGGAGCGUUGGACCUGGUUGUGGAGAUUCCGGAAUAUCUCCGGUGGCCAGAGCUGGGUCAACGAACUUCAGUAACCGUUGACGUGACCUAUGGUGGUGCGUGGUUCUGCAUGGUGAGCGCCACCGAGCUGGGAUUUGCCGGAGGCCUGGCCGACCGAGACAUGGCAACAUUCGACAGAGUGACCCGCAUCGUCAAGGCGCAGAUUGCGGAAACGGAGAACCUGGUUGAGCAGAUUGCUCUGCCUUUGGAUAUCCCGUGGUACUUAUACGGAGUCAUGGUGGUGGAUAGGGUAAACACCGCCCAAGUUGAUGGAGUCGCCGCCACGGAGAGCGGGCUCUGCUUCUUUGCCGACCAGCAGAUUGAUAGAUCGCCUACUGGAGGUUGUGUAGCCGCGCGAAUGGCUUUGGCUCAUGCCAAGGGCGAAAGCCAGCUAUUUGAGAGGCACGCUUUCAACUCGUUUGUGUCGGCGGCUAGCAAUGGGCGUGGUGCAUUCAUCGGAUCGAAUGUAGAGGAGGUGGCAAUUGCAAGUGGCCAUGGUCUAUCCACGAAGGGGGUCGUAGUGCGGAUUGAGGGAGAGGCCUUUUAUACAGGCGCGGUAACGUUCCUUAAAGAGCCAGAGGACCCUAUAAGGGACGGAUUCUUGGUCAAGGGGCUGGAAGAUGCUUGGGGUCGGAAGUAG